CCCAUGCCCUCUUUCUUUCUCUGUGUUCUCUCUAUCAUCACUUCAAAAUAAAGAAGAAAACGUUUCAACUGCCGCUCCUUCAAAUGUAUGGUAAGCCUUUGUAGUCUUUUAUUUUUCAGGAGUUCAUCUUUUUUUUUUUUCACUUAGUUUUUGGAAGAGUUGUUUAGAGUAUAAAAGUUUUAUUUUUUGUAAUUUUUUUAUUGGUUGUAUUUAUAAAGUGGACCAGAAGAGAAUUGUGAGGUAUUGAUGUGGGUGAAACUAGUGAGAAUAGGAGAUAAUCAUCAACUUUGGAGUGCUGAAACAUAUUAUAUACUAUUCAUCACCCUUUCCCAUAUCCGAAGCGACCAUCAAGAUGCUUAUUUGAAAGUCUUUAUCUAGUUGGAAUCCCUACAAAUAUAACCGAACAGCUCAAAACAUAUCCCUUUCUUUAGUCUUUACUUGUCAUUUGAUUAACGAGCCAAAAAAAAAAGUUAAACGAGUAACCCACAAUCACUUCUUCCGACUUUCCUCUGGUAACUUCUUUUUUUUUUUUUUUCAAUGGUUUCCCCUUGACUUUUCUCCCUUCUAGAUAGUACCAUCAUUAAGCCUUUAAAAGGGGGAGGAAAAAAAAACAAAAAAAGAAAUAAGAAAGGACUCCAUAUCUCUAUUAUCACUAGCUUCACACACACAAGAAAAAUCCCACAUCGAAAAGAGUGGAUCAGAAUACAAUAUUGCAAGCUUUCAUCUUCACACCAUUGAGAAUGAACCCUCUUCUCUCAAUCUCAUUCGUGGUUCGAUUUGGCCAAAAACCAUGGAGUAGCGAACUCUCAAGCCAAGUUUCAUAACUCAACAGUUAGUGCAUAAAAAGGGUACUUGAAUUUUGCCUUCAUAAAGUGUUUGUUUGGUGUUUGUGAGAAAGUAGUGAACCCCCAAUAUACUACUACUUCUUACCAAUGGUGACUCAACAUCAUCAUAAUCCGUAUCAUCGUCCGUACCGCUUAGUGCUUCAAGACAGUCCAGAGUCAAACUCGCCGCCACCGGCAGCAGCCAAUGAAAACAGGAGUAAUCUUACCCGCGGGUCAUACGUGAGCGAAGCCAACUUCGACACUAACAUGGUGAUCAUACUCGCGGCCCUGCUCUGCGCUCUGAUAUGCGCUCUGGGGCUAAACUCCAUAGUACGCUGCGCGAUGCGGUGCAGCCGAAGGUUUGCUUUCGAGACGGCCGACGAGGCCGCGGCACGCCUGGCGGCCACGGGGCUGAAAAAGAGCGCAUUGCGUAAGAUCCCCGUGGCGGCAUAUGGCAUUUCUUCCGGUAUCAAAAUCAUUGAUACGGAUUGUACUAUUUGCCUUGGUGAGUUUGAGACAGGUGACAAAGUCAGGGUGUUGCCUAAAUGUUGUCAUGGUUUUCAUGUGCGUUGCAUAGAUCCAUGGUUGGUCUCUCACUCGUCGUGCCCAACUUGCCGGCGCUCCUUGCUCGAACAGACAGCUAGUUCAGACGCAGCCCCGGCCGCCGAAGCCGAUGCGGGAAUUCGGCAUCAUGGGAAUGCAGCAGGGCCCGGAGUAGGACAAGGUGAGGUGACAAUCAAUGUGGAUGAGGUUAGCUAAUGAUGAAUGAGAAAAAAAUGGGACACAAAAGCAGUACUAGUUUCUUGCUGUGUUUGUAAUUUUGUAAUGGGCCCUUGUUAGUCAAACUCGCCGCCACCGGCAGCAGCCAAUGAAAACAGGACUGAUCUCACAAGCGGGUCAUGCGUGAGCGAAGAAAUUCGGCAUCAAUGAUCGGAAUGCAGCAGGGUCCAGAGGAGGACAAGGUGAGGUGAUAAUUAAUGUGGUUAGCUAAUGGGUUAAUGACAGAAAUGGAACACAAAAGCAAUACUAGUUUCUUCUAGUUGUGUUUUUCUUUUUCUAAUUGGCCUUAUUUAGUUUAUUUGUUUAUCUUAACGCCGGUAGAAAGAUGUCUUGGUUGGUGGGGGUUGUAGUUCUACUUAAGAACUUUUGAAGUAUUACAAUGUACACUUAGCACCCUCAAUGAGAAGAUGAAUGUUGAUUUCAAUAAUAUUUGGUGGAGUGAGUAGUGUAAAUGUAAUUUUGAGUAAAAUCAUAGGGUUCCUCUGUGUAAGAAUCAUUAGAACGAAGAAUAAGAAGAGCCCACCUACUAAACUAGUAGUUUUAUCUUGCCCAUUUUAUGUUCUUUACAAAAAUAUGAAUGUGUAAGCUUUAAAUUUUA